UUAGAGGCCACUGCUGUUCGAUCUGUUGCUGUCAUUUAUAUAAUUAAUGCUUAUGAUACUCUCAAACCUUGCAUAAAGCUGCCCCGGUUCUGUAGGUGCUUCUUCUUCUUCCCCUCUCUCUCUUCCCCUUUUUCCUCUCCUUCUUCUCUGCACUUUAGUUAUUUCUUUGUGCUUGGGCAUUAGCGCCGGUCUUUGUCUCCUUCAGCUUUGACCCAAGAAGAUGCUAGUGGCAUUGCUCUUGCUGCUAUUGGCAUUGAGCAAUGUCGUAAAUAUCAACGGUGACGGAAGUGGUGGACAAUGUGAUUUUAAUCCAGAACUAGAUCCAAGACCACACAGUGUGUCCAUUCAGGAGUUUGGUGCAGUUGGAGAUGGCAAAACAUUGAACACUAUUGCUUUCCAGAAUGCCAUAUUCUAUCUUAAGUCAUUCGCUGACAAGGGUGGCGCUCAGCUAUAUGUGCCCCCAGGGAAAUGGCUCACAGGAAGCUUCAAUCUCACCAGCCAUCUCACCCUCUUCUUGGAAAAAGGCGCUGUUAUCAUUGGAUCUCAGGAUCCAUCUUAUUGGGAUGUGGUUGAACCCUUACCUUCGUAUGGUCGAGGGACAGAAGUUCCAGGAGGAAGAUAUCAGAGCUUGAUAAAUGGAUACAAGUUAGAAGAUGUGGUCAUAACAGGCAAUAAUGGAACUAUUGAUGGCAUGGGAACGGCUUGGUGGGACAAAUUUAACUCUCAUUCCUUAAACUAUAGUCGUCCUCAUCUGGUUGAAAUUGUAGCCUCUGAAUACGUGGUUGUUUCAAAUCUUACAAUCUUAAAUGCUCCUGCAUAUAGCAUUCACCCAGUUUAUUGUAGCAAUGUGAUUAUUCAAAAUAUUUCAAUCUCUGCUCCUCCAGAUUCACCUUAUACUGUUGGUAUAGUUCCAGAUUCUUCUGAUAAUGUUUGUAUAGAAGAUUGUAUCAUCAUCAUGGGUUUCGACGCAAUUGCUCUCAAAAGUGGGUGGGAUGAGUAUGGAAUUGCCUAUGGGAGGCCCACCAAGAAUGUGCAUAUCAGAAGGGUUUAUCUUGAAGCAUCUUCUGGCUCUACCCUUGCAUUUGGAAGUGAGAUGUCUGGAGGCAUCUCGAAUGUUCUGGUGGAGCAUGUUCAUCUUCACAACUCACACAGUGGGAUUGAGUUCAGAACCACUAAAGGCAGAGGUGGCUAUAUCAGAGAAAUCUUGAUAUCAGAUGUAGAAAUGGAGAAUAUCUACAAGGCAUUUUCAGCCACAGGACAUUGUGGGUCUCAUCCAGAUGAUAAAUUUGAUCCUGAUGCUCUUCCCCAAUUGGAUCACAUCACCCUACAGGAUGUGACUGGCUCAAACAUCACCAUAGCUGGGAACUUCACUGGGAUUCCAGAAUCUCCUUUCACUAACAUAUGCCUCUCCAACAUAUCCUUAUCUAUAAAUCCUGUCUCUCCCUUUUCCUGGGAAUGCUCAAAUGUGUCUGGUUAUUCUGUCUCAGUUCUCCCACGACCUUGCCCCAACCUUGCUAGCUCCUGGAAUUCUUCUUCAUCCUGCUUCACCCUCAUCAGCAGCAUCAUUGGAAAAAGUAAAACCUCUAUCCUGUGAUCCGACAGAACAUAGUUGCAGUUACUUGAGUGUUUGUCAUUGAAUUGGCCAAUUAAAUUUUCACACGUGGACAGUUUCUUUUUGAAAGGAUUGAUGAUAAAACAAAUGUCCACGAGUGAUUUUUCAUUGGAAGAUCCGAUAGCGAACACCUUAAGGACUGUUUGCCAGUUCCUUCCUCAAGUAGAAAUUCAUAUUCUUGAGUGCCAUGCCUUCACAUUGAUUGGAAAAGAAUGAAUUGCCCUGUGUUGUCUCAGAUUAGGUCACUUAUGUUCCAAUAAGAGAAGGGUUGUCUGGGUUGUUCAUUUUUUUUCUUCAUCAUCAUCCCCAUCAUCAUCAUCACAUUAUUUGUUGUACAGCUUCAUAUCUUCAUUCAUGCUGUAAUGAAAUUUUGUUAGUGCCGCAACAGGAGGAAUCAGCGUUGGAUAAUUUUGCAUGUCAGUUCAUUGUGAUUGUUUUUCUAUUACUGUAAAUCAUGUAAUGGAUUUGAGUGAUACUUCCAAUUAAAGAAAGUUCAACUUUGAGCCUUA